CGUCUUAGUUCCUCACACACCACCUAAAAACAAAGACUAACAAUCAUAAUCCAGCAAAAAAAGAAAAAAAAUGUCACUCAAAGUUAGCAACAUACUCUUUUGCCUGGUGUUAGUGAAUACUGCCGCGGCCCAAUACUCACCGGGCGACUGCACAAUGGCGCUUGUGAGCCUAUCGCCGUGUGUUGCUUACAUCAGCGGGAACUCGUCUGCCCCGUCAGCGCCGUGCUGCUCUCGGCUGUCGGGUGUCGUCCAGACACAACCGCAGUGCCUCUGCGGCCUCCUCAAGGGCGGGGCAUCCAAUUUCGGCGUCUUAGUGAAUCGGACAAUGGCCCUUGCCCUCCCGAACGCGUGCCACGUGGAGACACCCCCAGUCAGCGAGUGUGAUGCGGUGAAUGGGCCUGCGACGUCUGCACCUGGGCCGUCCGGUUCGCCUAUCGAUGGGCUGCCAGAAGAUCCAAACCCAUCAUCUGAUACCGAUCCAAACUCGUCGUCUGACACAGACACAUAUUCGACUCCACCUGAUGCAGGGAGAGAGUCUAGAACAGUUGCUGGCACAGAUGGGUCCAUUGUUGGAGGUAGCAACACUAUUAAUGGAGGGAUUUUUAGUUUGAUGGGUUGUUUAUUUUUCUUGUUCUUUUAUGGUGAUAUGUAGUGAAUUUAUUUAUUUUUUACUUAUUUUUUCUUUUCUCCAUCGUCAAUGUAAGAAAGUCCACAAUCUUGAUUAAUGUAUUGUCGUAUGACAAUAUGUAGUUGAACAAUUCAUUUUUUUAUUUUUUAUUUUUU